AUGCUGACUGCCUCUGUGGCACCGACUUCUAACAUCCCUAAGAUCAGCGAAAACGGAAAUCUACGUUCACGAUCAACAUCUCAAAACUUUCGAGGUGAUCAUUCUAGAAUUAGCUGUAGUAAAUCAAAACUGUCAGCUACAAGUGUGGAUACUUUGUCUGAUUCAUUAAGUUUGGGGACAACCGCAACUGAAAGUACAGUAGGAGAGGUGUGGGAACAAAGACAUUAUCCUGUCAUGCCUUUAGGAUGUUCUCUACUAGGAAGUCAACCUCCAUCAUUCUUAAAUUUUUCUAAUCAAGAUAAACAACAACCUUCAGAAAAGGAUUUAUACGAAUUUUUAAAAGAUGCAGAACUAGACCACUAUUACUCCGUGCUUACUCGUCAUUUAAAGAUUCGUUCAGUUCAACAAAUCAAAUAUGUUGAAGAUUCUGAUCUGGCAGAAUUAGGUUUCAGUCGACCAGAACAACGACGUUUACGUAAACAUUUCAAAAAAGAAUGUCCUCAAACUGCUAUGGGAAAACUAAGAAAGCGUUUAGCUCGAUCUACCAGUGGUCGAUGUUCAUCACCACGAUUAAAAAAUACACUAGAUGGAUUAUCAUCACGUAAUCUCAAUAGUGUAUUAUCGAUUUCGUUAGAUAGUAGUACACCAACAUCAGAAGAUGGUGAUUCAAAACGACGUACUGUAUUAAUUGCACAAACUUCUAAAUCUCAUGAUGAAAAUAAUAUUAAUAAUAAUAAUAAUAAAUGUUUAACAGAGAAUAUGAAUCAUUUAACUAUUCAUGGAAAUACACCUUCUUAUCGAAUUAUUCAAUCAAAUGAACUUGAGAUUGGCAGUAGCCUUGGUGAAGGAGAAUUUGGGAAAGUUUUCCAGGGUGUUUGGCAUAUCAAUAAUACAAAUCGUAUUUUACAAGUUGCAGUAAAAAUUAUGAAUAUUGAACAAAUGAAUGAAAAAGAAACAUGUAAUUUUUUAAAUGAACUAUCAAUUAUGCAUCAAUUGGAUCAUCCUGAUAUUGUACAAUUACAUGGUGUAUGUAUUGAUGCGAAUGUUAUUAAAAUUAUUACUGAACUUGCUCCACUUCGUUCAUUACUUGAAUGUUUACGUGAAUCGGAACUGAGAUCAAAUUUCUCUGUUCCAGUAUUACAUAAAUUCUCAAUACAAAUUGCACGUGGAAUGAGUUAUUUAGAAGAAUAUGGUCUUGUACAUGGUGAUUUGUCGGCUAGAAACAUUCUAGUCUUUUCAAAAGAUAUUGUUAAAAUUAGUGAUAUCGGUAUGAAUCGUGCAUUACAAUUAGACAAAUCAUAUUAUCAAUCCAAUUUAAAUAUUCAUUUAAAAUUUCCAAUUGCAUGGUGUGCACCAGAAUGUAUACAUCAAUUCUUAUUCACUAUACAAUCAGAUAUAUGGGCAUAUGGUAUUACUUUAUGGGAAUUAUUCACUUAUGGUUUUACACCAUGGAUUGGUCUUACAAGUCAACAAAUUUUAGAUAUUAUUGAUACACCAAAUUUUGGUCGAUUAAAUCAACCGGAUUCAUGUCCAGAUGCUAUAUAUGAUGCAAUUAUGCGUGCUAGUUGGGCACAUGAACCAAAAGCUCGACCGACAUUUGCCCAGAUAUUAGGUAUGCUUCCACGUCUUAGCCCUGAAAUUUGGAUCACUACCAGUGAAUAUCAUCCUGAUCAGACAGAUUCAAAUUCGGAUACAAUUAGUACAACAACAUCAACAGCUGCUGAUGAAUUCCCACAUAAUAAUCCUGGUUUUCAUCCAUAUGGAACACGUUCAUUAGGUCGUCCAUUGUAUAUUAGAGCAAAUGAAACAGUUUGUGUACUUGGCAAAAGAAGUAGUAAUAUAUGGAAAGUAGUAAAUUUACGUACUGGUCUUGUCGGGUGUAUACCAUCAGGAAUUUUAAAACCAACUGUCAACAAUGAUUUAUCUACUACUAGCCGUGAUCAACAAACACUGACUACAAACACAAAUCAUAAUCAUUAUACUGGCACAAAUACAAUGGGAUUAGUAGCAAAAACACGUUUACGUAUGAGUCGAAGAGCUUCAUCAAUCACAGAUUUGGUUAUACGCAUUAUACUAGCGCUCGCUAUGUACAAGUGUCACACAAUGGGUUUACUACCGACUUAUGCAUCAGACUGGCUUUCAUUUAUAGAGCCACGUCAAGCAGCUGAAUGGUCGGCUGGAGGUCCUGUUAUUUGA